UUCCCGUUCCAUCCCACCUCUGAACACAGAGGUCAAAUCCUUAAGCGGUCGCUUACCUGGUGUCCGAUUCCUCACUAAAUCCUAAGAGUGACCAGAUUUAAAAUAUUACUUCCUGCUAUAGUAAGCCGAGCUUAAUUUGUGUAUGGGAAUAGAUCACUAUAGAAUUUUUGGGAAAUAACAGUAAUCGAAGCCUCGAGUUUGUCCCAAGUCGACUAACUCACAAGCGCUUGGUCAAGCCAAGGUCUAAUCUCCUUUUUCCAUUUCUUGUGAGUAGCAAUGAAGAUAUAAAGGUCUUCAAAUCGCCUCGCAGAUAACUCAUAUUGACAAUCAUUUCCACAUCAGAACAUCCAGCAAUCAGCAGUACCACCAGACAAUCUUUCAACCUUUCCUUUGUUAGUACAAUCAUUUUUCAAGCCCUAUCGCAAAUCAUACAUUCACAAUCUUUAUAAAUUCUUACUUUUGUCAAUUACUAUCAUAGUACUAUAGUACCAUAGUACUAUCAACUUCAACAUGCAAUUCUCUACCAUUUUCAUUUCAACUGCAGCCCUUCUCCCAUCUGCCCUCGCCUGCUUAAACGUCAACAUAACCUACACUCUCCAAACUGCAAGUAGCGAAAGCAACAUCUAUGCACAAUUCCUCGACAACGGACGAGUAACCUGCUACUACAACCAACCCAACCCAGCCACCGGAGCCAAAGAAGUAUACGCUCUCAACAACAACCCUAACAAUGUCGCCGUCGUCAACGACACUUACCAACAAUGCGUAGCAGGAUACUGGGCCACUUUCCAGGUCGACCUCUCGGAUACUAAGGAUAAGAAGGGUAAUAAUAAGAUUGAGAGUUAUAGUUAUUUGGAUCAACAUGGUCAGGCUCAAUCUUAUACAGGUAUUAGUCUGGGCUCGAGAAUCACUACUGCGGCUGCGGGGAAUAAUCCUGAGGUAUGGACUUGGUUGGCUAAUCCUUUUUGUUAAGUGGGGUGGUUGAGGGGUGGGGGUGCAAUACUUUGGGGAUUAUUGUGUCUUGGUGGAUGAUGUUCGAGUGUUGAUUGGUUUCGGUUGGAGUGUUCAACUCUGAGCAUGAAGGAUAUAGGGGCCAAAUAAGCGAUGGGCGUUGCUGGAAUGGGAAUAGUAGAUGCGGUGUUGCUCAUGGGAAAGAAUGGGAGCAGGUCUCAAAAGAUCGAGAGUUGAUUUCUUGUCUUUAAUUUUUCCUUUUUUGGUCGUUUUUGUGUUGUCUUGUCUUUUGCUUUUAGGUUGGGUUGUAUGGGACGGAUAGAUAGAUAGAAACAGAGAUAAAAUGAUGAUGGUGGAGAUAUGGGCACGCUUGGCUUGUUGUUUUAUGGUU